GGCUGAGGAGAACGGAGGGUCUUUACACUGUAAAAUACACGUUUACCGUUGUCAGCCUAUUUGGUGCAAUUUAUACCUCAGCGUUUAUGUAACGAUUUUUGGUCUUGAUCCUGUGGAGUUACUGGUGGUCUCGGAUGGUCGAUGGAUUAUCUUGGUUCCGUCAGCAUUUGUUUUUCUCCCGUGCCGUUGCCUCCGAAGAAAUUUGACCCCCGGGUUCGGGAGGAGUGCGUUAUAGCUGAGCGCAGCUCCAUUUUAUCUGGACCGUCAUCUGAUCUGUCACGGAAUCCAAUGUCUACAGACUAGCCGGUGAACGAGGAUUCGGACUUUUCCUAAGGACGCUAGCUUAAGCAUCAUGGCGGUUUUCGGCUCUCAGGUGCUUCUUGCCGUGACCAGAUCAAGGGGAUCUUACCUGCUUUCCAAAAGACAUGGCUGUGCCUCUCUGCCGUCUACGGCAUGCAUACGCUACCACUCGGAGUUCGCUGGUCGGACUGCGCUCACUGCUCGAGGAAUUAGGCCCGUGUUCUCUCCCUGCGCCGUCAGCUACGUACGCCCUGGAUGUGUUUCCGCGCGGCCUCUGCACAGCUCCUGCGCUUGGCUCCAGGAGGCGAAGGAGACUCAGAGCGGUGCUGACCCCGCUCAAAGCGACUCUGCACCAGCUGCUUCCAGUCCUCCGCCACCUCCGGUACCCAACAAGGCCGCGGAGAGAGCGUUGGUCAGGAAGUCCCUUGGACAGAGAGUACUAGAUGAACUUAAACAUUACUACCACGGAUUCCGCCUUUUGGGAAUUGACACAAAAAUCGCUGGCAGGAUGGUGUGGAGGUUACUGCACGGUCAGCAGCUCACCAGGAGGGAGAGGAGGAGGCUGAUGCGGACGUGUGCGGAUCUGUUCCGACUGGUUCCCUUCAUGGUCUUCAUCAUCGUGCCCUUUAUGGAGUUCCUGCUUCCCGUCUUCCUCAAGCUCUUCCCAGAGAUGUUGCCUUCUACCUUCGAGACCGAAUCCAAGAAGGAGGAGAAGCAGAAGAAGGGUUUGGCUGCGAAAUUGGAGCUGGCGAAGUUUUUGCAGGAGACGAUAGCAGAGAUGGCCCGCAGGAACAAGGCGCAGGUGGGCAACGAGACGCAGACGCAGAAGUUCUCCACCUACGUGCAGAAGGUGCGACACACAGGCGAGCAGCCCAGCAUUAAGGACAUCGUCAAGUUCUCGAAGCUGUUCGAGGAUGAGCUGACACUAGAGCACCUGGAGCGCCCCCAGCUGGUCGCCCUCUGCAAACUCCUGGAGCUGCAGCCCAUUGGCACCAACAACCUGCUGCGUUUUCAGCUCAUGCUUCAACUCCGCACCAUCAAGGCAGACGAUGAGAUGAUUGCCAAGGAGGGUGUAGCAGCCAUGACGGUGGCAGAGCUCCAGGCAGCGUGCAGGAGUCGAGGGAUGAGAUCUCUGGGUCUGACGACUGAACAACUCCACCAGCAACUACAACAGUGGUUGGAUUUGCACCUGAAGGAGAAUGUUCCUCCUUCCCUGCUGCUGCUCUCCCGCGCCAUGUACCUGACAGACCUCGUUCCCAAACCCCCUGUCAUUCCGCCCGUGCCUAAACUGGAGAAAGCUGCUGCUCCUGCCCAGACAGAGAGUGAGUCUGCUGCCAAAGACCAAACGAAACCUGACUCUGUGGAGGUGCUUGUGGAUUCUGCUCCUGUUAUCAAAGACAGAAAAGCGGAUGAGGUACUGGAGAAGGCCAGAGUUUUGGACAUGCCUUCACCUGAAGCUCAGUUAAUACAUGCGAAGGGCGCGGAGCUGUCACAGAAAUCCAAGAUGAGCGCCAACGGCUUGUGAGCGGAUCCCGUUCUGCAGAGAGGGAAGAGGCGGGAAGAACUGUCGCUCCCCACCACUGAGGGUGCCUCUGCUGAGAGGGGAAAAGAAAAAAAGAAAGAAAAUUUUUUAAAAAAAAAGCAUAAUUUGGGCGGGCUGAAGUCCCUCUAACACUCCAGAUAAGGGGGCAGGUCCUGCCCACCCCUUCUUCUGUCCAAAAUCCCAAAUGAACACAUCUGCCAAGGAAGGUCUGUAGUCAGUCUGAUCUUGGAGACAGACAGCUUGUCUAGCCAAUCGUCCAAGACCUGUCUGGGCUUCAGACGUGGGAGAGGGGAGGGGUUUGAGGGGGUGGGUGUGUGGAGACUGGUGAAGGCACCUCUCCUGAGGUUUGGGGAGGGGAGGGGGGCGUGUCUUCCCCUGCACUCCAGUCUGUGGGAUUCUGUGACACGUUUACAGUUAAACAAUCCCUACCAUGACUAUGGUCUUUUUGGUUUAGUUUUUGUGUUUGUUUUUGUUUGGUUUGGUUUUCCGAUCUCCCCGCCGUGGGACUGUCAGUCCGCCCCUGUUUCAGGACGGUCCUCGCUCGGUGCAGACGCGCGUCAGGGGACUUCAGUCUCGGCUCUGUUUGCAGAACUGUGUACAUUUGUAAAUAAACUGUAAAAUAUCGGCAUAUGAUGAAGUGCUACUGCUAUGUACAGUUGACUGUGCCAUAUGGUUAAGCUGAAGGCUGUAGAAGCGCCAUAAGUUGGAGUAAUAUGGUUAAUUACACUGGCGUUCUCUAGGCAGGCCAAUUGUAAAUUGCGGGUGUUUUUUUUUUGUUUGUUGUUUUUUUUUUUUUUUUUGAUUUCCUAAUUGAAGGGAAUUUUCAAUUCACUCCCUCAGGAGGUACACUUAGCUGUGUAAGUAACUACACAAAACCUGCCUUUGGACAGAUCCAACCGUUAGGCACAAGAAAAGGCGUUUAUUUGGGAAAAAGGUGUAUUUAAUAUGUAACGUAUGCUGUGUCCCGAAAAAUCUUACGCUUAUUAUUAUUAUUAUUAUUAUAUUUUUUUUUGUAAUGAAAACUGCUUCCUCAGUGUAUAAUUCUGCAUUGGAUUUGAAAUGGAGUCAAAGCUCAGGCUUUGAAAACACACACAUUUCAGUUAUCUUAUGCUUUAAAGAACUUGAAAGCUGUAUUGAUUUUAGUUUGUGAUUUCAGUUGACGGAAACGAUUUUGAAAAGUACAGUGAAACGUUUUAAUGGGAUCUGCUUUGAAUGGGCACUGACAACCCCUCUACCUUCUCCGGUUAAAAAUUAAUUUGAGACAUGUUUUUCAGCACUGGACAGGCCGCUGAGUAGUAUACAGGAUGGUUUUCUGUAGGACAGCUCUCUGUAACUUUUCCAGAAACUUCUGUAGGAUGUCUUUAUUGGUAACUUGACGUUGGCCGUAGUUUUGACAGAAGCAGAAGUGCGGAGAGAGAGAGAGAGAGAGAGAGAGACAGAAAACGUGCUGUACCUCUGUCAGACAAACCCAGAGCUCUGGUCCAUGCCUUUGGUUGCACUUUGUGUACAUGAAUUCUGUAUGAGAGAGUUGAAACCAAAUCUGUUGUGACUGUAUCACUGAUGGACAGUGAUGGUCUGUAACCAUAAAGAGAACUGAUUAUCUUCACCACUCCUCACUCUCCACAUCAGACCAAAAACUCCAGCCUGUCUGGUGUUUCCCUGGGUUCUGCCUGAAAUGGGUCUGCCCAGCAGAAUGCAUCCAUAACUGCAUCUUUUUGUUUUUUUUUUUCUUUUUGGCAUUAACGAAUGCAGUGUAUUCUAAACCAGUGCCCUGAUUUUAGGUUUUGUCACAAUGGGGUAAAUAAAGUCCUCUGUAUUCUGUCCAAAAAAAAGAUGUUAUUUCACAGAAUGGCAUUCUAGUCAAAUGUACUGAUCUGAUUUUUAAUUUCUAUCUCUGUAAUUCUGGAACAUCUGGAAAACACACACACAAAAAAAACCCCCAGUGAAGCAUUCAGUAUGUUUGUUUGA